AUCAGGACUUCAGAGGAAGGAAUGCAGCUUCAUAAAUAGCAAACCACAGCCACUAAUGGGGAGCAGAGGCAGACCUGCAGGUUAGAAAUCCCUUGCAAGAGGAGCCCACGGAGCCACACAGCCUGGAGCCUCCACGAUGGUCCCAGCUCUCGCCGCUGCUCUUCUGCUCUGCUUCUCUUGGCCUUUCUCGUCGUGCCAGCAGAGAAGGGCAGGAGGUGAUGUUGGGCCAGAAAUGCUGCAGGAGAUGAGAGAAACCAACCGUGUGCUGCUGGAGGUUCGGGAGCUGCUGAAGCAGCAGAUUAAGGAGAUAACAUUCCUGAAGAAUACAGUCAUGGAGUGUGAUGCCUGUGGCAUUCGCCCCGAGGUCACAGGCCCUGGAAUCACAGUGACUCAGUUCAACAGGUGCCUGCCCAACCCCUGCUUCCCUGGCGUGUCCUGCACCCAGACUGCCACCGGCUUCCGCUGCGGCCCCUGCCCCCCCGGCUACUCUGGCAACGGCACCACCUGCACCGACAUCAACGAGUGCAACGCAGCCCCCUGCUUCCCGAAGGUCCAGUGCAUUAACACCUCCCCCGGCUUCCGCUGCGACCCCUGCCCCCCCGGCUUCACCGGGCAAAUGGUGGAGGGGGUUGGGCUGGUUUAUGCCAGGGCCAACAAGCAGGUUUGCACUGACAUCAAUGAGUGUGAGACAGGAGCUGCCAAGAACUGUGUCCCAAACUCCAUCUGCAUCAACACCCGGGGCUCCUACAAGUGCGGCGCUUGCAAGCCUGGCUUCGUCGGCGACCAGGUCAGCGGCUGCAGGAGCCAGAACGUGCGGCGCUGCCCCAACGGCGAGAUCAGUCCCUGCCACGAGCAGGCGGAGUGCAUCGUGGAGAGGGAUGGGUCCCUGUCCUGCGCGUGCCGCGUGGGGUGGGCAGGGAAUGGCUACGUGUGUGGGAAGGACACAGACAUCGAUGGGGUCCCGGACGAGAAGCAGCGCUGCUCCGACAAGAAGUGCCGCAAGGAUAACUGCGUGACCGUCCCCAACUCCGGCCAGGAGGAUGCGGACAGGGAUGGGAUCGGAGAUGCUUGUGACGACGAUGCCGAUGGAGAUGGGAUCCUAAAUGCGGAGGACAACUGCGUCUACACUCGCAACGCCGACCAGCACAACGCCGACAAGGACAACUUCGGCGACGCCUGCGACAAUUGUCGCCAGGUGAAGAACAACGACCAGAAGGACAUUGACGGCGACGGCCGCGGGGAUGAGUGCGACGAGGACAUGGACGGCGACGGGAUCAAAAACCCCAUGGACAACUGCAGGAGAGUUCCUAACCCUGACCAGAAAGAUAGUGAUGGAGAUGGAGUAGGAGAUGCCUGUGACAGCUGCCCCACAAUCAGUAACCCAGACCAGAAAGACACCGACCACGACCUGGUGGGAGACGUCUGUGACACCAACCAGGAUAGUGAUGGGGAUGGCCACCAAGACUCACGGGACAACUGCCCAACAGUGCCCAACAGCUCCCAGGUGGACACAGACAACGAUGGGCUGGGAGAUGAAUGUGAUGAUGAUGAUGAUGAUGAUGGGAUCCCAGACGAGAAACCUCCAGGCCCUGACAACUGCAGGCUUGUCCCUAACCCUGGCCAAGAAGACUCAGAUGGUGACGGUGUGGGAAACCUGUGUGAAGAUGACUUUGACCGGGACAUGGUGAUCGACCGCAUCGACGUCUGCCCCGAGAAUGCUGAGGUGACCCUCACCGACUUCAGAGCCUUCCAGACAGUGGUGCUGGACCCCGAGGGGGAUGCACAGAUUGACCCCAACUGGAUUGUCCUCAAUCAGGGCAUGGAAAUUGUCCAGACCAUGAACAGUGACCCUGGGCUGGCUGUAGGUUACACAGCGUUCAAUGGAGUGGACUUUGAGGGCACUUUCCACGUCAACACUGCCACUGAUGAUGACUAUGCUGGCUUCAUCUUCGGCUACCAGGACAGCUCCAGCUUCUACGUGGUGAUGUGGAAGCAGAUGGAGCAAACCUACUGGCAGGCAAACCCUUUCCGAGCAGUGGCAGAACCUGGAAUUCAGCUGAAGGCAGUGAAGUCCAAGACAGGUCCAGGCGAGUACCUGCGCAACUCCCUGUGGCACACAGGGGACACCACGGACCAGGUGAAGCUGCUGUGGAAGGACCCUCGGAACUCUGGCUGGAAGGACAAAACCUCCUACCGCUGGUUCCUGCAGCACCGGCCCCAGGUCGGCUACAUCAGAGCUCGCUUCUACGAAGGCCCUGAAGUGGUGGCAGACACAGGAGUGGUCCUGGAUACCACCAUGCGAGGAGGGCGCCUGGGAGUCUUCUGCUUCUCCCAGGAGAACAUCAUUUGGUCCAACCUGCGGUACCGCUGCAAUGACACCAUCCCAGAGGACUACGAAACGUUCCGAGUUCAGCAAGACUGACCUCCAGUUAGACAGCCUGCCCUGCAGCACACCCCCGCAGCCCACUCUGUUCCCCAGCCGUGCUCUGCUCCUACUGCUGCUCUGAAGCCCUC